AUGAGAAUUUUUUUAAAGUCAGUCAGAUACACACCUUAUCCCAACUUCUUCCACCAAUAAUCCGUUGAUCAAUUGAAGAAAUUCCUGCAAAAAAUUUAAUGAUUUCCGCCAAUAUGGAAAAAGUUUUGCGCUGUGCUCGUGGCUUAUAAAGUUUUAGGGUUCAAAAUUUUUUACGCCCAGGAGAACUCAAGAUUCAUUUUUUGCAGUGUAGAUUCAAUUUUUCAUUCCAUGGAGGCUUACAAAAGAUGGGUUUGGAGGAAUAGGGACUACGUGCACUCGCUUGAAUCUCUAGCUAACGGAUUGACAUGGCUUCUCCCAGAACGAUUUUCUGAAUCAGAAAUUGGACCAGAAGCAGGUUUUGUGAUGUUUUGUAACAUCAGUUUUGGGUAUAAUCACUUCUGUCAAUGAUCAUAUAAUCGAGACAACACCAACCCAGAUGCACAUGGGUCAUGUUCCCCAGCCUUCCUCCUUCCCGUUGUCAUUGUUUAUAACUUUGUUGAAAGACUUGGAAACUCUGGUUGAAGUUGCAGCACAGCAAUUCUAUGGUGAUGAAAAGAAAUGGAAUUUUAUUGCUAUAACAGAAGCUACCAAGGUAUUACUUAGGUUAGCAUUGUUUAGGAAGAGUGGAUAUAAAAUGCUCUUGCAUGGUGGGGAGAAUACAAAUGACGUGCAGGAUUCAGAUGCAUUAGAUUCACAGCAUAGAAAUGGGCUCUCUCCAAAGCCUGGAGAACAUCCUGUUCCUGGUAAUAUAAAGAAUUAUCAUGCACAUAAUCCAUUGAAUCUGGAAGGGAGGGCAUUAUUUGCAUUAAAUAGGUUCGGUGAAAGUGCAAGGACAGUUUCUGAGCCAACAUGGUUAUAUAGAGUUCAGCAUCAGCAGGCAAUAAUGGAGCCUCCAACAAUAGUGGCCAAGAAACCUAGCCUUUCCUCUUUCUUGUCUGAGAAGGGCGUUCCUGGGGGCUUAUUUUUAAUAGGAGAGAUGAUGUUUAUCUUAAGACCACUCAUUUAUGUAUUACUAAUAAAAAAGUAUGGGACUCGGUCAUGGUUUCCUUGGAUUACUUCAUUGACUGUGGACCUUAUCUCCAAUGGCGUUAUUUCAUACAUCACAAUUUUGAGGCAAAAUAGCAAGGAGUUUUGUCUAUCCAACAUCGAGAAGCACGAGUUAAAAAGGCGAAAGCUCUUGUGGGCACUUUACCUUAUGAGAGAUCCAUUUUUUUCCAAGUAUACCAGGUUGAGACUCGAUGGUACUCAAAAGCUACUGGAACCGGUUCCCAUUGUCGGGCUUCUUGCUGAGAAACUCGUUGAACUUAUUAUUGGAGCCCAGACGCGUUACACCUACAUGUCCGGUUCAUGAGAUGGAAUUUUCUCAAGUUCUACUCAAUUCUAUUGGUGAAUUCGGCCGCAGCAUUAUACUCUGAAAGCAGUACUUGCACGGGAUAAUGCUACUUGUAGUGACUUACCUAUGUUCUUUUAAUUAACUCUCUUUGACUAAUUUCUAGAACAGCAUAAUACCCCCAGUGCUCUCCCGAAUCUAUCUGGGUUUAUUUUGAUUAAUCAUGAUAUCUCAAUUUAUAUAACGUGUUGAAUCUUGAGUUCA